AAGGUUUGGGAAAGGCUGACCUAGAGGUAAAUCUGUGACGUCAGAAAGUGUUGUGUACUGUUGCCGUAGUCUUUGGCGUGGCAGCUUGGCAGGCAGUAUGCAUAAGGUCGGCCAAGUGAGAGAGGGAGUUGCCCCGUGCAGUUUUAUUUUAACAUUCUUCUAUCAGUCGUAUGAGAAGACAGGAACAACCAGCCGCCAGAGUUUGAUUCAACGACCGGUGGGUAGUUUCGCAUAAGCAGGCUAGUCAGUAAGUUAAUACAGAUCGAUUGAGAGCUGCAAACUUGGUGGUGUCUGGAAGGUUAACAGUUGGUUAAAGUACAAGGCAAGUCUGCUACAACAGGCUACAUCACGCACAUGAGAGACAGGACGCUGCUUCCCAGAGGAGGGUUAUAUGAAUGUUGAUGUCAGCAUCCACAGAGACAACACGGCUCCAUGGGCCUCUCUACCUGUCCGGAACCCCACCCGUUGUAUCCGAGAGAGAAUGAAACCCAAUGAGAACGGCCUCGCCAACGCCCCCACGGACAUAAAGCCCCCGACAGACUCUAUAGAAGCCCAGCUAGACCUCUUCCGCAAGCUAGGCUACUCCCCGGCACAGGUGUGCUCAGUGCUUCUGAAGCUUGGCGCUAACCCGGACAUCAACAUGAUCCUCGGUGAGCUUGUACAGAGCGGAGCCAGCCCAGACGGGAGUGAGCCACUCCUGACACUGACUGGCCCUCCAUCUCAGGCAAACAGCCCAGCCAAGACCCCCAGCAGCCAGCCAGCCAGCCCGGCUUCCAGCCACAAGGAGCCCUGCGACAAGGGAGAUGCCCUACGACCUAUUGUAAUAGACGGCAGCAACGUAGCCAUGAGCCAUGGGAACAAGGAAGUGUUCUCUUGUCUGGGGAUCCAGCUGGCGGUUAACUUCUUCCUGUUCAGAGGCCACUCUGACAUCAAGGUGUUUGUUCCAUCAUGGAGGAAGGAGCAGCCCAGGCCAGAUGUCCCCAUUACAGAUCAAUCAAUCCUGCGCGAGCUGGAGAGGAAAAAGAUCCUGGUGUUCACGCCGUCGCGGCGCGUCGCCGGGAAACGGGUGGUCUGCUACGAUGAUCGCUUCAUCGUCAAGCUGGCCUACGACUCCAAUGGCAUCAUCGUGUCCAACGACACGUACCGCGACCUGCAGGGGGAGAAGCAGGAGUGGAAGCAGUUUAUAGAGGAACGCCUGCUCAUGUUCUCCUUCGUCAACGACAAGUUCAUGCCCCCUGAUGACCCCCUGGGACGCCAUGGGCCUACUCUGGACAACUUCCUCAGGAAAGUUCCUGUGUUGGCACGGAAACAGCAGUGUCCCUAUGGGAAAAAAUGCACUUACGGUAUGAAGUGUAAAUUCUACCACCCAGAGCGAGCUAACCAGUCCAGACGGUCUCUGGCUGACGAGCUGAGAGAUAAGGCCAGGGUAUCCUCCCCUGGGCAGACGACUGCAGGGCCUGGGCCGGGCACUGGGCUGUCUCUGGAGGAGGGCGUUACUCUGGAACAGAGUCCAGACUCCUUCAAGAAAGACCACACCAAUGAAAAUGUGGUUCUUGUGAAAGGAAACCAUCGCUCCAACAGGAAACCUGGUUCUAGGAGAGAGAGAUCCGGCCCGCAGGCCCAGGCUGAGCUGGACGCCGGUGGCCCCCAGGACUGUCUGGACUCUGGGCUGGGCUCCUUCGAGAGCCAGGUGUCCUGGGAGCACUGCGAGCGCAGUGGGGCUAGCUACCACAGCCUGCGGUCCUGUUCCAGUGGAAGGCAGCCCUACCGCUUCCCAACCAGCCCAGCCUGCAGCUGCCCUGUCAGCCUGGGGAGCAGUGCAGCGUUCCAGCCCCACAUCCAGCCGUACCAAAGCAGGGGACCUGCUGCUCCCUACAGCCCAGAUGUGACCUACUGUCCCCCUCAGCACACCCCUUACAAGGCCCCCGGGUAUCCAGGUGGCAUGCACACAUACAGCCACCCAAACAACUUUCAGCUCAACCCCCCCCCACAGCAGGCCUAUUGGUCUGACCCGAAUGGUGCCUACCCCCGAGCCAUUGGCGGCUCUGUUGGGGAGCAGGCAGCCUGGGGGCCGCCCUACAACAGCCAGCCCAGUCCUGCCAGGGAGGAGAGAAGCAGGGGGGCACCCCCUAACCCCCCCUGGGAGGACAGGAUGGCUGUCAAGAAGAAGCUUCUGGCCAUUUUUAACGGACAUCUUGUGAACAGAGUCAUGGACAUGUUCCCUCAGUUGAUGGACCCUCAGAAGCUAGCUGCUGAGAUCCUCUCCCUGCAGUCUCAGGGCCUGUAACAGCUGAGACCCUCUCCCUGCAGUCUCAGGGCCUGUAACAGCUGAGAUCCUCUCCCUGCAGUCUCAGGGCCUGUAACAGCUGAGACCCUCUCCCUCCCUGCAGUCUCAGGGCCUGUAACAGCUGAGACCCUCUCCCUCCCUGCAGUCUCAGGGCCUGUAACAGCUGAGACCCUCUCCCUGCAGUCUCAGGGCCUGUAACAGCUGAGAUCCUCUCCCUGCAGUCUCAGGGCCUGUAACAGCUGAGACCCUCUCCCUGCAGUCUCAGGGCCUGUAACAGCUGAGACCCUCUCCCUGCAGUCUUUUUGCUGUAACAGAGUCCGUGAGAACUACAGAAAUCCAGCUUUCUUUCAGUUGAAAGAAUUACUACUUUAAAGACGACAGAAUUUGAAAAUAAUCUUCUUGCCAAACUUUUUUUGGACCAGGAACUAGUUUAAAAACUGCCUUAAUGAAGAUGUAAAAUCUGUGGCAGUGGAUUGUUGAUGCAAAUUGUGUCCUUUUCUACAUGUUUAUUGAAAACGUUGUGUAAUUAUGGUCAUUAGUAUUAUUGAAAUUCUUAGCAAAGGUCACCAAGGUUGUCCUUGUUGAAAUAUUUAAUAAUGUGGUGUUUAAUUGGCACUGUGUGCCUUUCCAAAGCUCACUACCUGGUCAGGUAUGACACAGUAAAAGCCCUGAGGGUCAGAAGGGCUCAUUUAUAACUUUAUUAAAGUAUGAAACAUGUGUUUUAAGCACUUAAAAGGUUUCGUCAAGGUUGGAAUUCUAAACAACUUGUCUAGUGGUGAGUACAUGUGGUUUGAAGUACAGCUACACGUACUACAAUAGGUAAAAGGUUGCCUUGUUUCUUAGUCAGUGCAGAAAUACAGUUUGGGUUGUGUGGUAGAGUUGUGGUGUCUAACCUAAGUUUUUACUAAAUGUUUCACUGUUGUGUUGUUUAAUAAUAUACUGCAAAACCACAGUAUUGUGUUGGUUUAUGAUGGUAAGGAAAAUAUGUAAUAGUUCUUAUUGAUGUUGUCAAAAACAUUUGUUCAGUAGGACACAACUAACUGUCAGCAGUUUAUGGCAUAAGUUAUACCUACAAAAUGUUACCUGCAUAAAUGAACAGUACACUCACAGCACCAGUACAGACCUGUGUAGACCGCCAAACCUGGGCAGACUGCCAAACCUGGGCAGACCGCCAAACCUGGGCAGACCGCCACACACCUAUGCAAACACAAAAAAUCUCUACCAUUGAGUGUGAUU